AUCUAUCUGAAGCAAACCUCUUUCAAUUCUCAAUUUUCAAUUUUCCUUUCGCUUCUUACGCUUCCUCGAACCUUCUCUUCGCUGCUAUGAUCUGCGAAAUGAUUUCCGUUUUCGUGGAUUCCAUAGAGAUAUUAUCAUCGUAGACAUGAUGAUGAUGAUGAUCAUGAUGAUAGAGAGAUGAGAUGAUGAGGCCAAAGCAACUGACACCGCCCGCCGCCUCCUCCUCCUCCUCCUCCUCCUCCGCCUCCGCAUCCAACCCCAAGGACCGUUCCCAGCGCCGCCGCAAAGACCUCACCCUGCCGCUGCCGCAGAGGGACACCAAAUUGGCGGUGCCGCUUCCGCUGCCACCGUCCACGACGACGGCAACGUCGACGUCCGCGGCGAACCAGCUGUUGAUUCCGUUCGCGGAGCUGGAGCGGCAGAACCGCAUCGGGAGCGGGAGCGGGGGGACGGUGUACAAGGUGGUUCACCGGACAACCGGUCGCGUGUACGCUCUGAAGGUGAUAUACGGUCAUCACGAGGAGUCGGUGCGGCGGCAGAUCCACCGGGAAAUCCAGAUCCUGCGCGACGUGGACGAUCCGAACGUGGUUAAGUGUCACGAGAUGUACGAUCAGAACAGCGAAAUCCAGGUUCUGUUGGAGUUCAUGGACGGUGGUUCUCUGGAGGGGAAACACAUCCCUCAGGAGCAGCAUCUGGCAGAUCUGUCUCGGCAGAUUCUGCGGGGGCUUGCGUACCUUCACCGUCGACACAUCGUUCACAGAGACAUAAAACCUUCGAAUCUGCUGAUAAACUCGCGGAAGCAGGUGAAGAUCGCUGACUUCGGUGUUGGUCGGAUUCUGAAUCAGACGAUGGAUCCUUGCAAUUCGUCGGUGGGGACGAUCGCGUACAUGAGUCCUGAGAGGAUAAAUACAGACAUCAAUGACGGUCAAUACGACGCAUACGCUGGAGACAUAUGGAGCUUUGGUGUUAGCAUCUUGGAGUUCUACAUGGGAAGAUUCCCCUUUGCUGUUGGUAGGCAAGGUGAUUGGGCGAGCUUGAUGUGUGCUAUUUGUAUGUCUCAGCCUCCUGAGGCUCCUCCUUCUGCUUCUCCUCAGUUCAGGGAUUUCAUCUCUCGCUGUUUGCAGCGCGAUCCCUCUCGCAGAUGGUCUGCUUCUAAGUUGCUCGAACACCCCUUCAUUGCUCUGCCCAGUCCUGGCCCCAAUCACAACCACAACCUCCAUCAACUCCUCCCUCCUCCUCCCAUCAGGCCUCCUCUUUCGUCCUAGCUACUUCUACUUACCUCUCUUGCUUCUGUAAUUUUUUAUUUAUUAAAUUAUAUGCAAAUUCCAUGGAUACCUUUAUCCAUUGAGCUGUUCGAGACUUGGAGGACGUACCUACGUUCCACAAUGCAAUCUACUUUCUUUAAAUUUCAU